ACGCGAAAACAUUUUGUAUUUUAGGCAAACCAUCUAUCAAUAGACAUGUUUUUGGACUUGGACGCCAGUGGGUUCGCCAAGCCGAACGUUGGAGUCGUGAUAGCAGUUAUUUCUAGUUUAAUAAACGGCUCGACGUUUGUGUUGCAGAGAAAGGGAAUAUUACUCUCGCGAGAAAGAGGUGUUUCGUACCUCAAAAAUGUGGUUUGGUGGAGUGGCACUCUGUCCAUGGUCGUAGGUCAAAUUGGGAAUUUCCUGGCCUACAACGCGGCCCCCGCGGUGAUGGUCACGCCACUGGGGGCCCUGGGGGUUCUGUUUGGGGCCGUGCUGUCGUCGUGGAUCCUGGGUGAGCGCAUGAACGCCCUGGGGAAGGUCGGCAGCGUGUUGUGUUGCGGCGGCUCCGUGGCGCUCGUCCUGCACGCGCCCGCCUCAGAGGGCGGCGUGACGUCACGACAGGAGGGAGAGGCUGGCCGACCCAGGUGAUCACGCCGUCUUACCCGGAAUUGUCUGUUCCAGGG